CUUAACCUUACCAAGAAAUCCAAUACGAGGCUUGGAUUGAAUUUCUUUCAAACCUUCCGGACUGAUCGGAACAUCUUUUUCUUUCAUGGAAACACAAGUCUCGGCUCUCCACAACCUUCUUCUUAUUCUAUUUUGGAAGUGUACCGUAUACUACGAGACUACCCAGGUACUCACGAAUCGGAUUCAAUAUUGUACUAUGGAUGCCAACUCGACUGCACGGUACUUGAUUUAACCCAACCCCGACGAAAGUUCGUUCCUCGCUCCUCGUUCCUCGUUCUUCCUUCCUCGAUUGCUUUUUGCAUUCUUGGUCUGGAAUUCCAAGACUACUCCGCCUCAUUAUCCUUGCUUCUCUUUAUAAAUCUGCAUUCCCCGCAAGAUCAUCAUCUAGGAUUCUACCUCCACAUCCACGCCUUCCAUCAAUACGAGAGAAUUCCAAAGAUUCGUCACUACCUACCUUGUACAACACAACCAACCGUUACUUGACUUUCAAUCAACCUCUUCACUCUACAACCACCAACUCCAUCAAAACAACACAACUUUUAUUUCCAUAAUAAUCAUCCUAUUAUGGUGUCGGUCCCGGUUUUGCUACAAUCGAAUCGCUCUUUGGCUUAAUUUUUGGGACUGCUGCUCACUCUCCCCCUCAGAAAUUAAUUUGGUCGUUCAAUUGUUCGUUGUUGAUCUUGGUUCUUGGGAAAAUAGGGCAUAGGAAGUUCGAGAAGAACAAUUCAAUCGUUUAUCCUAUCCCGUUUGGAACCAUUCUCUGGAUAUAAUUUAAUUGAAGGAAUUUCCUACUGUCGUUUUCGAGGUUGUUUCUGAAUAUUUCGUCAUAUCCAUCUCUGGUGUGCUUUGGUGUAUAGACGUCAUUGACCCCGGCGCUUUUUCAACCUCAACACCUACCUAGUAGUUUAUAUUUAUUACACGAAACUACACAAAAUUGCACAAACACAAAUACCAUACCCUUAACCAUGAAGGUUCUGAAGUCUUUAUCGACUUUUGCUACAGCUUUCAUAGCUGGGAGUCAUGUCGUUAAUGCGAUAGAAGUCGAUCUUGAUUCUCCGGAUUCUAUCAAGUCCGCGGCGAGUACGAUUGCGUACGAUAUGAUGUCCUAUUACACAGGAAACCGAACAGGUGGCAUACCCGGGAAUCUACCGGCUCCAUAUUAUUGGUGGGAGGCCGGAGCAAUGUUUGGCUCACUGAUUGACUAUUGGUAUUAUACAGGCGAUUCGUCAUAUAACGAUGUUACUACGGAAGCGAUGCUGUGGCAGACGGGACCAGAUAAUGACUAUAUGACCCCGAAUCAAACUAAAACGGAGGGAAAUGAUGAUCAGGGAUUUUGGGGAUUGGCGGCUAUGUCUGCAGCCGAAGUGAAUUUUCCAAAUCCUCCCUCAAAUAGGCCCCAAUGGCUCGCUCUCGCGCAAGCAGUUUUCAAUACUCAAGCUCCCCGAUGGGACGAUAGUACUUGUGCUGGAGGACUACGAUGGCAAAUUUUUACCUUCAACAAUGGUUACAAUUACAAAAACUCAAUCUCUAAUGGUUGCUUUUUUAAUUUGGGUGCGCGCCUUGCGAAAUACACCGGCAACGAUACAUAUGCACAGUGGGCAGAUAGAACCUGGGAUUGGAUGGAGCAUGUGGGGCUUAUGGAUGAAAAGUACUAUGUUUACGAUGGUUCUGACGACACUCUUAAUUGUACCAAGCUCAACCAUAUACAGUGGACUUAUAAUGCUGGAGCUUUCCUUCUCGGCGCGGCAAAUAUGUAUAACUAUACCAAUGGAAGCGAUAUCUGGCGUGGGCGUGUCGAAGGUUUACUAAAUGCUACCCAUGUUUUCUUUGAGGAUAAUGUCAUGAUUGAGGUAGCUUGUGAGAAUAACGGAAAAUGCAAUGUUGAUCAACAAUCAUUUAAAGCAUAUCUUGCUCGCUGGCUGGCGGCUACAACGAAAAUGGCACCUUUUACCUACGAUUCUGUUAUGGAAUUACUACGCCCUUCAGCUAAAGGGGCUGCCGCAUCAUGUGUUGGAGGCGAUAAUGGACGCACUUGCGGGCUUAAUUGGAGAACGGGACAAUUCGAUGGAUUUUAUGGAGUGGGCGAACAGAUGUCAGCUUUAGAGGUCAUUCAAAGUAAUCUCAUUGCGCAGGUAGCGGGACCAGUCACUAAUACCACGGGUGGAACAAGUAAAGGUGAUCCCACUGCUGGAUCUGGGAAGAGCCCGAGUAACUAUCAGGCGACACAACCAGUUACGACGGCUGAUAGGGUUGGAGCAGGAAUUCUUACGACAGUGGUAUUGCUGGUUCUUCUCGGAAGCAUCUGGUGGAUGAUUGUGGAUUAAAGAAAGGAACUCAUGAGGGUAUUCUUGUAUAUAUAUUAGUGCUUGGAACGGACACGAAAUCUCCUACAAUUAUGGGUAUUCGAUGCGCCAAAUUUUGGGAUUUCUCUGUAAUUUUGGGCGGUAGAUGGGAUACGGAAUCGAAAUAUUGGAGUUUUGGGGCGUUCAGUAGGGAUUGGAGUGGCACGGGUCUGAUUAGGGUAUCGAUCUGAUGACGGUCUACGUGAUAAAUGAAGAUAUUGGGGAAAGGAAAUACGCGGCCGCGCAUAAUACUUACGUGCAUGGACUAGGAUUAGAAUCGGAAGUAGAUGAUAAUACUACAUGAGGCUUUUGGAAGGUACGGGGAUUAAAUGAUCAAAUUUGGUUUGAGCAUAGUUUGGUGGGAUGUGGAGUGAGGAGUAAAAAGGAAUUCUUGUAAUCUUUUUGGUUCUUGUAAUUUGUAAGAAGAGAAAUUGAAAGGGAAAACAAAUGUAAGAUGGUGAAUUUUUACUUUGGUAUGAUGUGAUAGAUGUAGAGGUUGAGUGGGUGUGAAAUGAGGUGAGAUGAGAUGUUUGAUUAUUGAGUACCUAGGUAGUAGAUAACAUUGAGAAGUGAAU